ACUUCCAUCUUGCCUACAAAAAUCCUUCGUAAGCGGAUUCACGACGAAUUAGUUCGCUCGCCGAAGCAAAUUCAUCUGGCGUUUGGGAUUACGUGAGUUCGCGAGUUACCGCAUUCCUCCCUCAGAGAACCUCACUUCCGCGUUCACCUCCCUGCCCUCGAGAUUUGCCACCAACCUCCCCACCCCACCUCCUUAUAUUUGACCCUUCUGCGGCCAGUUUCUAGUAGUGCUCGCUGCUUGCCGCCUGGUACCCAAGGUCGCUUCUCCAUCGCUCCAGCUUUGAAUUGCGCACCUUUAUUCGGAUUCUACCCUCGACCGCGCAAUCUUAGUUCGCAGCCAUGGCGGCCCUCUCCGCUCCCGUCUCGGUCACUAAGAACACUCUCCUCGGGUCAGACCUUAAGGGCCAGCGGCUCACCAUCUCCGGCAAAUCCGCGAGAGUAGUCGCCGUGCCGGCAACCCGCGUCGUCGCAUCCGCCGACGGCGUCAACGCCUCUAAGCGCUCCUUCCUCAAGAAAGCCCUCGGCGCCGCCGCCGUCGGCCUCCCCCCUCUCCUCCUCAGCGGAGCUGCGCGCGCGGAAGGCGAGCAGCAGGCGGUCGCAUCGUCCCGCAUGUCGUACUCGCGGUUCCUGGAGUAUCUAGACAUGGACCGCGUUAAGAAGGUGGACCUGUACGAGAACGGCACGAUCGCCAUCGUGGAGGCCGUCAGCCCGGAGCUGGGCAACCGCAUCCAGCGCGUGCGCGUGCAGCUGCCCGGCCUCUCCGGCGAGCUCCUCGCGAAAUUCCGCGAAAAGAACAUCGACUUCGCCGCGCACAACCCGCAGGAGGACGGCGGCGCCGUCUUCCUCAACGUGCUCGGCAACCUCGCCUUCCCGCUCCUCCUGGUCGGAGGCCUCUUCCUCCUCUCGCGCCGCUCCCAAGGCAUGGGCCCCGGCGGGCCCGGCGGCCCCAUGGCGUUCGGGCAGUCGAAGGCGAAGUUCCAGAUGGAGCCCAACACGGGAGUGACGUUUAACGAUGUGGCGGGCGUCGACGAAGCCAAGCAGGAUUUCAUGGAGGUCGUCGAGUUCCUCAAGCGCCCCGAGCGCUUCACCGCCGUUGGCGCGCGCAUCCCCAAGGGUGUCCUGCUCGUCGGCCCGCCCGGUACCGGAAAGACGCUCCUCGCGAAGGCCAUCGCCGGGGAGGCUGCCGUGCCGUUCUUCUCGAUCUCCGGGUCGGAAUUCGUGGAGAUGUUUGUCGGUGUCGGCGCGUCCCGCGUGCGCGAUCUGUUCAAGAAGGCCAAGGAGAACGCGCCUUGCAUCGUGUUCGUCGAUGAAAUUGACGCCGUUGGUCGCCAGCGCGGCACCGGAAUCGGCGGUGGGAACGACGAGCGCGAGCAGACGCUGAAUCAGCUUCUAACGGAGAUGGACGGAUUCGAGGGCAACACCGGCGUUAUCGUUAUCGCGGCCACUAAUCGCGCGGACAUUCUCGACGCGGCUCUGCUCCGUCCCGGACGAUUCGACCGUCAAGUCUCCGUCGACGUCCCGGAUAUUAAGGGACGGAAAGAGAUCCUUAAGGUGCACGCGUCCAACAAGAAAUUCGCCGAGGAUGUUAACCUCGAUGUUGUCGCGGCGCGCACGCCCGGAUUCAGCGGCGCGGAUCUCGCGAACCUGCUGAAUGAGGCGGCGAUUCUGACCGGGCGGCGCGGCAAGACGGCGAUCAGCUCAAAGGAGAUCGACGACGCGAUCGACCGCAUCGUGGCGGGGCUGGAGGGCACCGUGAUGACCGACGGCAAGAGCAAGAGCCUCGUGGCUUAUCACGAAGUCGGCCACGCUAUCUGCGGCACGCUCACCCCCGGCCACGACGCCGUGCAGAAGGUGACCCUCGUGCCACGUGGCCAGGCGCGCGGGCUCACGUGGUUUAUCCCGAACGACGACCCGUCGCUCAUCUCCAAGCAGCAGAUCUUCGCGCGCAUCGUUGGCGCGCUGGGCGGCCGCGCCGCCGAGGAGGUGGUGUUCGGCGACGCCGAGGUGACCACGGGGGCCUCUAGCGACCUGCAGCAAGUCACGGGCAUGGCGAAGCAGAUGGUGACUGUCUUCGGCAUGUCCGAAAUUGGCCCCUGGGCGCUCAUGGACCCGGCUGGGCAGGGCGGCGAUGUGAUCAUGCGCAUGAUGGCGCGCAACAGCAUGUCGGAGAAACUGGCGGAGGACAUUGACGCCGCCGUCAAGGCCAUCUCGGACGAAGCCUACCAAGUGGCUCUCUCCCAAAUCCGUGAGAACCGCGAGGCGAUCGACAAGAUUGUGGAGGUGCUGGUGGAGAAGGAGACUCUUUCUGGGGAUGAGUUCCGGGCUAUUCUGUCGGAGUACACCGAGAUCCCCAAGGAGAACAUGAACUUCACCCCCAUUACUGCUUGAAGGGGAAGUUGAGACCAAGGGAGCCAGCAGCAGCUGUAUCAGUGAAUGGGACCUGGUUUUUGGCUAGUUAUUAGGAUUUUAGGUUAUUUUAUGCGACCUCCGUACACUGCGUUUGUACCUGCUUGACCUGUACAUUCUGCUCGAAAUUGUCCAUUACCGUAUUGAUGUUGAUCUCUACCUCUGCUUCCUCCGAUUGAAAUGCCAGCAAUAACGUUAUGGUGUGAAU